AGAUGCACAGAAGAACGUGUUACGGUGUUAUGCUUUAAUCCUUUUUUCACCAACGGAAGUACUACGCGUAAAAGAAAACCUACCUCAAUUACAGGAAUUCUUAAAUAUUGUAUUAAACUCUGAUAUAAAUUUUACGUUACUUUCUAUGCUCGGACUAAAAAGCUUCGAUUAAUAUAUAUAUAUAUAUAUAUAUAUAUGUACAUACAUACUUACAUACUUCUGAAUGAAACGGAAAAAUAAUUUUAUGAGGUUUACAUAACGGUGUAAAAUUCUCAUUUCUUUAACGAAGAAAAUGGAGGAUUCGUUUGAAAAUAUUAAUCCCAAAUUAUACAAAAAAAUAGAUGAAAGAAAAAUUACUGCAGAAGAUGAAGAUGAAGAUAUUGUAGAUGAAUUUGAUGCACGUGAAAUUUUCGAUUUGAUUAGAAACAUUAAUGAUCCUGAACAUCCUUUGACAUUGGAAGAAUUGAAUGUGGUAGAACAAAGUCUCAUCGAAAUUGAUAAUAAAGCAAGCACAGUUCACAUAAAAUUUACUCCAACGAUACCACAUUGCAGUAUGGCAACAUUAAUUGGUUUAUCAAUUAGAGUACAAUUACUACGAGUUCUACCUUCAAGAUUUAAAGUUAGUGUUGAAAUUACACCAGGUACUCAUAUAUCAGAGGCAGCAGUAAAUAAACAAUUAGCUGAUAAAGAAAGAAUAGCAGCAGCUCUUGAAAACAAUCAUCUACUUGAAGUGAUUAAUCAAUGUAUUGGUAUAAAAUGUUAAUAUUAUCUAAAAGGUAUGAAA